AUGCUAUCCCCGGCUCCUGUUUCCGCAGUGGCCGCUUGCUACCCGUUCUACCUAACAAAGGUAGAGAUAGGCAAAAACGAUCAUCAAGCACCAGAUGCAGCCGUAUAUAUGUUACAAAAGCAUGCUGCCAGCGAUGCGGCUGUUGCUGCGCCUUGCUCCUACGGAUGCUAUAAGCCCCAUCUCACAUCCUCCAUCAGAAGUACAUUAUUGACCUAUACUUGCAUCUCAGGCUCACAGCUGAGCAUUCCACUAUCAGCGCUCCAUAAGCACGAAAUCCCCUCUGUUAGCGCCAACUGGUGGGCUUCCCCACUAAGUGGCCAGCUACUAAGUAGUCACUACAACAGCACCUUUGGCAUCUUUUUCUCAGACGUCGCUGUUCUUGCGUCAGCUUCACUUUUCCUCUGUCCUCCAUUUGCCGUCUUUCUCGACCGUCGCAAGCAUCGAAUUCCACCGCCGAGCCGUAUACCGACUUCUCACACAAUGGGCAAAUUCUCAGUCUUCUUACAAAUCCUGCCCUUGAUCGUCGCGCUCAGCGUCGUCGGCGGCAUCGGCUUCGUCCUCUAUCACGUCUACCUCAGCGUCACCAAGAUGGGUGAAACGGCCUCGCAAAAAAUGGGCAAGAAGAAUGUCGUCCUCACAAAGGAUGGUAUGCGCGUCGGCGUCAAGAACGUUAAAAACGAGAAAUACGUCGACAAGACCCAGAGCUACGUCGUAAAAGCAUGGAAUCUCGGCCAAGCACAAGACGGCAAAAAGACAAAUUAA